AUGAUGAAGUUGUUGAUCUUUCUCACUCUCAUCCUCGUCCCUCUCAUCACCACUGCGCAAGCCCGUGAGCCUGCCGGUCCCUGGAAGCGGAUCAGGACAGUAUCGUUGUCGUGGUGGGAAAAGAUGGGGACAUUUGCGGUUAAUGAACAUAACAAGAACACGAGGGCGAAUCUGGAGUUCGUGAGGAACCUCGAGGGAAAGGAGCAAUAUGACACAGGCGCAAGGGACGUUUUGAUACUCGAGGCUAAGGAUCGCUCUGGUAGGAUCGCGAAAUAUGAGGCCACCGUGUUUGAAACUAUGCCGGAUGGUCACUUUUUCUGGAAACUCGAGUCUUUCAGGUCAAUAUAA